AUGCGUUCCUCGCUCUUCCUGUCAUAUCUCUUAGCCGCCUGCGUCCCGCCAAACUCACCUGUCGUUGCUCAUGCUUUGCCGCCCCAACAUGGCGACUCAAGCCCGUUUGCUCCUCGAGCCUCGACGACCUCGGUGAAAGGAAGCUGGCUCAACGUCUGGCCAUUGAGUCUUAUCCGCACAACAUUGACCGACGAUGACGUGAUACCCUUGAAGCCCAACUACGAUCGUCAGGUAGUUCUACGCUUCAAUGUCUCUACCUAUGAGCACGAAGCCGCCUUUCGGCGGGCCGCCGACCAGAUGUUGCUUGAUAUAUGGGAUUUUGGGCCGAGCUACACGGAUAUACGUAUCCCAAAGAACCGCAUCCGUGGCUUCUUAAACAUGCUGCCCGAACCCAUGCGCUCCGAUCACAUGGUGUUGAUUCAAGACCUCGCCCGUGCCGUCGCCGCUACGUAUCCGGCUCCCAAGGAUCGACAUGAUUUUGCGUCGGCCGUGCGCCAGGGUCAAACACCAGCAGAUACAAGGAACCGCGGACAGGGUGUCAAUGACUUGUUUAAAAAGCACCAGAUGGACGAUCUGUUCUUCAAGGACUACCAGCCACUCGAGACUAUCUCAUCGUGGAUGCAGUACUUUGCAUCCAUGUUCAAGUAUCAAAAGGAGGGCCUGGUGAGCUUGAUCAGCAUCGGAAAAUCCUUUGAGGGCCGAGACAUUCCUGCCCUCCGGCUUGGUCUAGAUACUCAGCGCCAUCAUACGAAGAAGUCGCCUCGAAAGACGAUUCUCAUCACGGGAGGAAUGCACGCGCGCGAAUGGAUAUCCGUCAGCACCGUCAACUACUUGGCCAAUAUGUUUGCCUCCAAGAUUGGCAAGGAUGAUGUUGUUGAUGCCAUGCUCAAACAUUUCGAUCUCGUCUUUGUCCCCGUCCUAAACCCGGAUGGUUACGAAUAUACGUGGACGGUAGACAGGCUCUGGCGCAAGUCGAGACAGAUCACCACCAUGAGAUACUGCCAUGGCUAUGACCUCGAUCACUCAUUUGGCUAUGGCUGGAAUGCUGUUGAGCACCAGAGCGAUCCAUGCUCGGAAAGUUACGGUGGCAACGAGCCGUUCCAGGCUGUUGAGGCCAGUCAGCUGGCUCGGUGGGCAGCAAAUGAGACAAACCACAACGUGGAUUUUGUUGCUUACAUCGACUUGCAUUCGUACUCGCAACAGAUCUUGUGGCCUUACGCUUACUCCUGCGAUGCAAAGGUGCCGAAUCUGGAGAACAUGCAAGAGGUUGCCAUGAAUAUAGCAAAGUACAUGAGACUUUUGGGUACAGGCGAAUACUACAGCGUCGGCUCGGCGUGCGAAAGCGCCGUGUCCGGCAGCGCACCGACGGAGGAGGGUAUGGAGAGCGUUCAGAACCGUCGAAUCGAGGCGGCUGGUGGUGCAGCCAUAGAUUACUUCCAUCAUGACCUCAAAGCCCGAUAUAGCUUCCAGAUCAAGCUACGAGAUACCGGCAGCUACGGCUUCCUUCUCCCCCGCGAUAACAUUGUUCCUGUUGGCGACGAGGUGUUUGAGGCUGUCAGAUUUCUUGGAGACUACAUGCUUGGAAACAAUGGCAUAGAGAUGGUGCCAGACGCGAACGAGGGCCAGCAGCAAACCAUGCCGAGCGAAUCCGAGCCUUCAGGCUUCGAACUCAGACGACGUAAGAGGAGGUAG